GGGGACAGAUCUAUUCCUUUUCAUACGACAUCUUUCUCCUUCUUAUAAAUAGUUUGAAUACUUUAAUUCCUCUCUCAGUACCAAUCAUUCGUAUGAUCUAACAUAUUCUAUUGCAUUACCUUGAACUUCCAAAACAUCUUUCUUUGAUCGCUUUUUGAAUCUCUUGCCAGCCUGUUCAGCCCACCAGCCCCACCAAGAAAGACAUCUCCGCUACAACAUUUGAACUUCUUGCUUGAAAGGAGAAGCUCUACAAAUCUCCCCCCAAAUUUCUCAUAUUCAACUUUGCGCAAACAGUAAUCACAUAUCUAAAUUAUUUAAGAAGAUAUUUAAGAAGGAAGCAGAUAAUUGAGGUCGUCGUAGCUAUUCAAAGAAAGCAGGCACGAUGAGUUGUGAGUUUGACUUGCCCAUUUACUUUCCCCGCGAGGUGAUAAGGAGGAGGUAUAAUCAAGAACAUCUGUAUUGGCAGAUGAAAAUGAGUACUUUCUACAUACCUAGAAAUCUCUAGAUCACUAUUUCCUCUUUUCUUAUCCUCUCAAUAUCCUUUUUGGUUCCUCUAUUGUUAUUAUAAUGACCCGCGCUCACCAUUAUCGUUCUCAUCCUCCAGUCGCUGGUAUGCUCAAUAAGCUGCAUGGUCAGCCAGAAAGUUAUGAUAAGAAGUGAGUUUAGGAGUAUGAAUCUGCAAGAGUAUUUUUGCUAAUGGUAUGGUAGAGCCAAAUAUAAGUUCGGUCGAACACUCGGUGCUGGAACCUAUGGAAUCGUCAGAGAGGCAGAUGGUCCUACAGGAAAGGUCGCCGUGAAGAUUAUUCUCAAGAAAAAUGUCAAGGGAAAUGAACAAAUGGUUUAUGAUGAACUUGAAAUGUUGCAGAGAAUGAAACAUAAGCAUAUCGUCAAGUUUGUGGAUUGGUUCGAGUCGAGAGUAAGGAGAGAACCUGUAUUUGUGAAGGGGAACCGACUAAUCCAUCGCAGGACAAAUAUUAUAUUGUUACACAAUUGGCUAUUGGUGGGGAGUUGUUUGAUCGAAUUUGCGAACAAGGAAGGUUUACGGAAAAAGAUGCUUCGCAAACUAUUCUACAAGUCCUCGAGGCUGUAGAUUACCUUCACGACAACAAUGUUGUUCACAGAGGUAGGAUUCUCAUGACUGGACUGUAGUUCUGACUAACAAUCACCAGAUCUUAAACCUGAGAACUUACUUUACCUUACAAAAGAUCCUCAUUCCGACCUCGUACUCGCAGAUUUCGGUAUUGCCAAGAUGCUCGAUACAAAAGAUGAAGUCCUUACAACAAUGGCUGGAUCAUUUGGUUACGCUGCUCCUGAAGUUAUGUUAAAGAAGGGGCAUGGAAAACCGGUAGAUAUGUGGUCUAUGGGUGUCAUCACCUAUACACUUCUCUGUGGUUAUUCUCCCUUUAGAAGUGAGAACCUUCAAGAUCUUAUCGAUGAGUGCAGUAAUGCACGAGUUAUUUUCCAUGAAAGAUAUUGGAAAGAUGUCAGUGCUGAUGCAAAGGAUUUCAUUGGCCAUCUCUUGCAACCAGUUCCAGAAGAUAGAUCGACAAGCAAGGUAUACUCUUACAAAAAAUUAUCUGAUAUUUUGGGUUCUAAAUGUUUUACAGGAAGCGCUGGCGCACCCAUGGUUAAGCGGAGAAAAUGCCACCGAUCAUAACUUGCUUCCAGAAAUCAAAGCUUACAUGGCCAAAGCACGUCUCCGUCGUGGUAUCGAAAUGGUCAAACUCGCUAAUCGUAUCGAAAUGCUCAAAAUGCAAGAAGAUGACAGCGAAGAAUCAGAUGUUCCCGGAAAUUCUCACGCCGCAGCUAGCGAUGCUAUUCCUGGUAGCCCAGAAAGGAAAAAUACUGGUUCAUCUUCAGCUUCUGGAUCCACAUCCCCUGGAGAAAGGAGAAGUUUGAGUAAAGUAGCCAAAGGGGCAAUUUUCAGGGAAGUGGUAUUGGCGAAGGUUAGAGAAGUCAAGGCAGAAGAAGCAGCAGCACAAAUCGAAAGGCAGGCAACAGAAGCGGCGAAGAAGAAGAAUAAUACUCAUUAAGUUGAGUUUGACUUUGGGACUUUGUCAUACUGGGCGAUGGGUGGACGAAAAAAAAAAAGGGUUGUAGGGUGAUACUUUCGAGCUUGGGGUAACAUCAAUACGCUUUGAUGGCAUUGUGGAUAUCGGAUAUCGACCGUUCUGCUUACUUCUUUUGUGGUCAUGGUCUUAAGUUCCUGAUAUGGAAUGGUUGAAUGGCAUGGAAGUUAUGAAUGGAUGGAUGGAUUAUUAUAUGGUUAAUUGGACUUGGGACUUGAGUACCUACCUUUACCUAUUUAUACAGAAGAUGGCGAAUUCGAAUUCGAUUGUGAAUUGAAUGAAUGGAUGAUGAGUUAUUGCGUGAGAUUUUUUGGUUUUGUUGUUUGAGUGAGUGAUAUUUGGAUAGGAUUUGAAUGGAAGUAAAUAGUUAUAUGACCAUGGAGAUUUGCGAAAUGAGAGGGGUGGUGAAAUGAAUGUGAGGU